GACGUAAUUCAUAUUUUGGUGAGAGACCCGGAAGUGCGCAAGGCGACGAAGAGCGAAGCCCAAAGGACUGAAGUUUACUUCGUAAAUUUCGUCUUCAUUUUGUUUCUUUUUCAAAAGCUGUUUGACGAUUUUAUUUUUACACCGUUGGGUUCAAUUACAGUCGUGUCAAGAUGCCUAAAAUGGAACAACAUCUUUUUAAUUUAAAGUUUGCUGCCAAAGAACUCCAAAGAAAUGCCAAAAAAUGUGAGAAAGAAGAAAAGGCAGAAAAGUCAAAAGUAAAAAAAGCUAUUCAGAAAGGGAAUGUGGAAGUAGCCAGAAUUCAUGCUGAAAAUGCCAUCAGACAGAAGAACCAGUCUCUGAAUUUUUUGAGAAUGAGUGCUCGAGUGGACGCUGUGGCAGCCAAAGUCCAGAGCGCUGUUACAAUGCAGCAGGUCACGAAAUCCAUGGCAGGUGUAGUUAAGGGAAUGGAUGCUACUCUAAAGAGCAUGAACCUGGAAAAGAUUUCCUGCCUUAUGGACAAGUUUGAGCAACAGUUUGAAACCCUGGAUGUUCAGACGGCCCAAAUGGAGGACACCAUGAGCAGCACCACCACGCUGACAACACCACAGAACCAAGUGGAAUCACUGCUGCAUGAAAUGGCAGAUGAAGCAGGGUUGGACCUGAACAUGGAGCUUCCCCAGGGACAGACUGGAUCUGUGGGAACCAGUGUGGCUUCUGCUGAACAGGAUGAACUAUCUCAAAGGCUUGCUAGACUUCGAGAUCAAGUAUAAAUGUGGACUACUCUUGACUGCCACCAUCAACCUUUGACAUGCUGUACACUACCUGAUUAUAAACUCCCAACCACCUCA